GGAAAAAAAAAAAGGGAGAGAGGACGGCUCGGACUGUGGACGUCGCGCGGCUCGAACACAAGCCCGUGACUGCACUCCCCCCCACCUGAAAAAAAUUAGACAGAAAGAGGAAACGACCCUUCCUCCUCCUCCUCCACCUCCUCCUCCUCACUACUGACGGACAGCAGAGGAGAGAAGCAGCAACUUGUCAUCGCUGUUGUUUUGUUGUUGUGAGUGUAAACACUUUUUCUCCACGGAGGAAGCGGAUUUUCAUUUUGAUUUUGGGGGAUUUUCAUUUUUAUUUUCUCUGGACGACUUGACUGCGGCUGCUCCGUCACAGUUUGAGAGUUGUGACAUUUUAUUUGUUUUUGUUCCUGCUAACUCCUCGAGCUGCUCAACCUUUCUUUAAACAGCCAUGGAGUACUUUGAUGGAAAUGUUUCUGCAGGGAAAUAAGGACCUCCACAACUGAAAGCCUUACUUGUCCUGUUGGUAGAGAUUGCAUCAAGCCCUUCACGUGCCCCAGGUGUCCGUCCGCCUGAGAGAACUUCCAUCUCCUUCCCUCUGGUCCAAGAUGUCCAGGCAGCUCUCCCAGCUCCCGACCCCUGACCUCCCGGCCGGGGCGAGCCCUCAGUUUGGAAGCUGCACUCAGUCCCACACAGGGGGGCACGUCAACUCCAUGGCUGGCCUCAAGUCCCUCCUGCAGCAGCCCAUGAAAGGAGACCACCGCCUGAAGAACUCGUGCGACUCAAAAGACAAAGACAGACUGGACCUCGAUGAGGACUCUUUGGGAGUUUGUUCCUUGAGGAACAGCAAUGGAAUGGUCGGCAGUAACGGCGGUACUGGUUGUGGAGGAGGAGGAGGUGGGAACGGAGGAAGCUUCAACCAGUUCCUGGGCCUGUGGGAUCGGACCCUGCCCGCAGACGGCGGGCUCUUCCAGCUGCAGUACAUGGACUUGGAGGAGUUUCUGACCGAGAACGGAAUGGGCAGCGGGCACAACAACAACAGCUCCAGCUCGGCCCAGAUCCCCUCGCAGAGCUCCCAGUCAGCGGUGCCCAACCAGAGCUCCCAAUGCCUACCGCCCUCCUCCCCGCCCGGAUCGUCGUCCUCGUCGCCCUCUUCCUCCACCUCCUCGUCCCCGUCCCUCAUCGGUCUGGAGGUGGCUCAGCCGCAGAGUCUCGCCGGAGGAUCCGACUAUCUGCACGGGAGUCAGACAAGCGUAAACGACUCGUGUGAAUCGCCCUCUUCCUCCUCUUCGUCCUCGUGUCCACCUUUGCUGACGCCCACCAGCAGCGGGCCGGACGCCGCUGGAAUGUUUGAUGUGGACUCCUCGGACAUGGGCGCCUCGAGCCAGCAGGACUUCGACCCCAGAAGGCACUCCUUCAGCGAAGAGGAGCUGAAGCCGCAGCCGAUGAUCAAGAAGGCCCGCAAGGUGCUGGUGCCGGAUAACCUGAAGGACGAGAAGUACUGGACCAGGAGGUACAAGAACAACGAAGCGGCGAAGCGCUCCCGGGACGCUCGCCGUCUCAAGGAGAACCAGAUAUCCGUGCGCGCCGCCUUCUUGGAGCGCGAGAACGCGGCGCUCCGACAGGAAGUGGCGGAGAUGCGGAAAGAACUGGGCCGGUGUCGCAGCAUCCUUAGCAAAUACGAGAACCGUCUGGCCGACCAGUGAUGGCGGCGCCGAGGAAACUCAGACGUAUAAGCUGGAUUCAAUUUGAGACUCUGGAAUUUCUCACGAUGGACAGAACGAGGUCAAGAUGAUGAUGCUGAUGAUGAUGAUGAAGAAGGAGGGGAUUAAAUGAUGAAUGUAUAAGACGAGGAACAGGUUUGCGUACCGAAGCUCAGGUGUCGGCUCUUAAAAGUGAAUGACGGAGAGAAUAAUUUAAUAGAAAACACACACAAAAAAAAGACGUGACUUUUAAGAGUUUUGUUAUUGGAAAAUUGUAUAUUUUUGUAAUACUUCAGAAAAAUUUAGCGGGAGAGCAAAUCUGGAGAAUAAUUUUGUAUAUUUUCUACGUGUUUGGGACACAGAGAUAUAGGGGGAAAGCUAAACACUUUAUUUCAGACGAGUCAGGAGCGGCCAUCGACGGUUAACUUUUGUUCUGUUGUUGUUUUUCAACUUGACGGUCAUGAUGCUGCAGCAGGGUUGAGGGCGCGUGUAACAAAUGUAAUAUAGAGAGCAGAGUUAUCUUAAAACCAUGUAGUUCAACAGUUUGUGGAUUUUACUCGAGCACUUCUUCGUUUUGUUUCUCCUGUCGUGUGUCCGUCACUGGGCAUGCUCUAAAUCAGACAGAACGGACACGAUGUAAACAAGUUCAGCACUAUCAACUGUUGUCUCGUGUUUUGUUUUUUUUAUAUAACAUUUACAGCCUUCGU